AUUAUUGCCUUGGUGAAAGUAUCAAUAUGCGGGCAAUUACAAGAUGACCGAAUAUUCCGAUUUGCCUAAGCUCAACUUUAUUGAGGAACUUAUACGUCACAACUUGUUUUCGAGGUUUAGCACGCUCAAAACUGAAAAUGAGCGUUUUGAAAUUGCUUUGAAAACAGUGAUCAAGCAUCAUACCAAUAUAUUCAACACAGAAUGUCUGCAAAAAGAUUUGGAUCGCUCGAUAAUAUUACGAAACACUGGAAAUCAUAGCUUUGCAAGUGGUCAAUAUUAUACAGCUGUGAAACAAUACACUGAAAGCAUUGUCUGCGCACUGGACUCUUCUGAAGAAUUAGCUUUAGCAUAUGCUAAUCGAUCUGCAGCUUUGUUUAAAAUAAACAAAUAUUCCGACUGUGUGGAAGACAUCGACAGAGCCUUAAAUCUAAAAUAUCCAGACAGAUUGAAAAUAAAAUUAUACAAGCGAAAGGAAUUGUCUUUAGCGGCACUGGGUAGACCUGGCAUAGAUACAUCAUGUCAAGACACUCUCAAUUCACUUAAAAAAAUGGAUCUGCAGGAAGAUGAAAAAGAUAAAUCUAAAAACAAGCUGCCUGAAUUAAGCUCAGUUCCAUCGGUUUCAAAAUCACCUGCAAAUGUACCGCGACAUCUCCCACCCACAUUGCUAACCUCCAAUCCAAACAUUCCUUCUGCCUCUGAUGCAGUAACAAUUAAGUUUUCAAGGAAAUUUGGAAGACACCUCGUUGCGACCCGUAAAAUUAAACCGGGAGAGAUACUCAUUCUCGAAAAACCAUACUGUUCCAGAUUAGUUCUGAGAAAUGUUUACACACACUGCUCAUAUUGUUUGCACGCGUCGUGGAAUAUGAUCCCGUGUCAAUAUUGCAUCAAUGUGGCAUAUUGUUCAGAAAGAUGUAGAAAUAAAGCCUGGGAUGAUUACCAUGAGGUGGAAUGCUCGGUUGUGGGACUGCUGCUAGGUUACGGAUUCAAUAAUAUACUUUGGCUAAGCUUGCGGAUGGCUAUAACAGCAACAGAAAAGGGAACUAAACUGGAUGCAUUGAAACAUGAACUGAAAACCAUUGAUAAUAGUACAGAUCCAUGUACUAAGGGAUAUUGCGAUAAUGGGAAGUUCUGUAGUGACAAAUACCACAGCAUUUACAGUCUAACAGAUAAUAUUGAUAAAUGUUCUGCAGAAAAUUUGAUAGUUAGACCAUUGUGGGCAGCUAUAACAGUGUGCACACUUGCAAGUGAAAGUCGAAUGUUCGGAAAAAAGCUUUCAAUAAAUACAUUGGCAAACAAUCAAGACGUUAUAUUUGUCGGAAAGCUAAUCUUGAAGAAUAUUCAUACUUUAAUCAUCAAUACACAAACUUUUGGACCACCGCGUAAUUCGGAGAAUAAGGAUCUUGGGCAUGCAGUCAUGGCUGUUUCUAGUCUUCUUAAUCAUUCCUGUGAUGCUAACACGAUAAAGCAAUGGUAUGCAGACUGCAUGGCUACAUAUGCUGUUUAUCCAAUCGAGCAGGGUGAACAGGUAUUUACAAACUAUGGCCCACGCUUCGAUCUGAUGGAUAAACGUGAGAGACAGGGACACUUGAAUCGUUGGCACAUUAAUUGUGAUUGUUUGCCUUGUGCAAAUGAUUGGCCCCAAAUUUACAGUGUACCCAGCUACAGAAACCAAAACUUGUCCCAACAAAGUAAGAAGCAAUUGGAUAAAAUUAUGAGUGACCGCACAGUGUACAACUUGAUGACCAAUGACACCGUGCGAUACUCGCCGAAUACAUUGAACAAAUUAUUGAAAAUGAUUAAUGUACUGUUUGAAACUGUGCAGAAACCAUGCAUCGAAUUAUCAAUGGCAAUUUCAAUGUUAAAGGAAUAUUACAAUUCAGCUGAUGUAAUAUUUCACUACGAACCAGUCGAUGAAUUUGAAACAUUAAAACAACUUUUGUUUAAUUCCUUUUAA